UUUACCUAACAAAUCUCAACUUGAAAACAUCAAUAAAUUGAAAUUAAUUAAACAAACAGUGCAAAUUGGGGGGUUUCAGUAGCAGUUGUAAGUCGUAAGUCGUUGUAAGUUGUAGAGAUAUGAAACCCCCAAACACAACCAGAAGAACUAUCAAUUUACUCGACCAAGACAUCCUCUGUAUUAUCUUCUCUAUCCUCGAUCUCUUCGAUCUUGUUCGCUGUUCUUCUGUCUGUAAAUCAUGGAAUGUGAUCAUAAACACAUCAAGAUUAAUGCAUACAUUGUAUGUCAAACAAUGGGCUAAUGAGGCGUCCAGCUCUUCACUUAAUAUGGGAGGACCAUUGAACGUAUUCCUUGAGGAUCUUGCAAUGCAGAAUCAUAGGUCUGCCCUUGUUCAAGGUUCUGUUUUUGUUGAUCAAUGGAAAGGUCAUACAGUUGGGAUUGACCAAUGCCGAAUGAAGAUGGGUUUGAUUCUAACCGGCGUAGGGGACAAGCUCAUGCGUCUAUGGUCAUCUACAACUUACAAAUGUUUGGAAGAGUACUCUCUAUCUGAUCUGGGCCCACUGGCAGAUUUUGAUUUUGAUGAGAACAAGGUUGUUGGUUUGGCUGGAACCCGUUUAUGUAUAUGGAUGCGCCAUCGAAAUCGUAGCGCAUUUCCUUUACGUGAAGGCACAUUUCCAAAGGGCUUAUGUAUGAGGUACAUGGACCCAGAUGCUAUGGUUGGAUGUCAGGAUGGCACAGUUAGGGUAUUUGACAUGUAUAGUAGUACAUGUUCUCAAAUAAUUCGGAUGGGAGAUUCUGGUAUAAAUUGUUUGGCUGUGGGAGAUGACCAACUGGUUUUGAGUGGUUCAUCUCAUGGAGGCAUAAAACUAAACGUUUUGGGUCAAUCAUCUAAUCAGCGAGUUUCUAGAUUAAAGCCCAGCGAUCUUCAAGGUGUAAAGACCUUGUGCUACAAUCCGUCCUCUCAUUUGGCAUUUGCUGGAUCAAUCAAUGGUUAUGCAGAAUGUUGGGACCUUAGAAAAAUGAAAAAAUUGUGGGGAUAUCGAGUGGGUCCCAAUGCAAUCUAUUCUAUGCAAUUUCUGCGCAUGGACAUGUCAACACUAGUUGUUGGUGGCCUAGAUGGUGUUCUACGUAUUCUGGAUCAAAAUACUGGCGAGAUUCUCUCACGCUGUGUGAUUAGAUCAAGUGCAGUGAAAAUAACUUCAACAAAUAGCUUGUAUGGCUCGGUUGAAAGGAAACAGGUGAAGAGAUUAACGGAAGAUUCAGGUAUCUCAAAUUUUCCAUUAAUGACUCGACAACCCAUAAGAUGCAUAGCUGUGGGGAUGGGAAAAGUUGUUACCACUCAUAACACCGACUUCAUCAGAAUGUGGAGAUUCCGUGAAACAAAGUGAGGCAGUAGUCAAAAUCACAGUAGAAGUCUAGGGCGUAUUCACUGCAUUGUAUGCAAAAACACCUCAUAAUCUUGUUGAUCUUGAGCUAAAUUUUAAUUAUUGAGCAUUGAGAUGAGCUAUUCUUUUUUCUUUUUUUUUUUUUGUUUUAGGACAUCUGAUUAUUAUUUCGGAUACGAUAAUUGGCAGGUCGAAAUUAUGUAUAUAGUUACUUUCCAUUUACAAUGUUAUUAUUUCCCUUUUCCAGGGAUUCAAAGUUUCCACCAUAAUAAGAUGAGCUUAGUUUCCUUGAAUCCUGUAAAAACUUCAGUAUCCGAACAAGUUUCAAUUUUUAGAGAGUGAUGGAUAGCUGAAGGUUUGUUCUCAUUAUAUUUUUGUGUAUCUAUGUAUCAAAAUAAGAGCAGAAAAAUAGUGAUUUUGGC